AGUCGUUUUUGCUAAUCAGUGUUUUCAGACGGGCAUUGCAGAAAUUUUCUUUGCUUUUGUACUUAUUUUUCUUCCUUGUCUUGUCUGUUUCUUGCAUUUGUCUCUUCCAAAAUACCCACCCUACCUAUCCCGCGGCCUUCUCAGGCUCCACAGCCACUAAUGUUAGAUGAAACUUAGCUAAUUCGGAUGUUUCAGUUCCAGACUCAGCAAAUACCUAAACUGCUCAACAGGGUGUAGCAGCUACUGGCCAACGCUAUGCGUCCGACAGAACAGGCACCACCUACAGCAACACCUACAGCUGCUAUACCACCUUUACGCCAGUUUGAGGUACAAGAAGACGAAUGGAUCGAGGGGUUGCAACAAUUUGAAGCACACGUAAUCGCUCACAAUGUACCAGAUUCACGGAUCCAGAGGACAGCGCGGCUACAGCAGCCGCCAGGAGGUAUCAUCACGACACCCCAUGGAGACGGAGCCUUCGCCUUCUCCGCCUCCUCUCGUCCUACCGAUGGAGCUGGACCCGCCCACACUGCAGCGGUUGCCACCUGCUUCAUCUGGUUCAUGGCAUCAGGAGGUGGACGCGUACCCUUCUGGGCGUUUUCCGAGGGACGUUUCCGCCACAGCGAAGUCCGGAUGGCGAGGUACGACCGGAAGCUUGACGUCCCCUGCAGCCACAGAUUCCCGUCCAGCGUUGCGCCCACACUCCUGCCUCCUGCACUGUUGUAACUACAUACACGACAACGUUCCGUCGCUUUGGGGGUGGGAGGGGGGGAGGAAUGUUCCGGCGUAACGACAAGCGCCGGCACGAAGAUGAAGAACGCGAGAGCAGAGAGGGCCGUGAGACGACGUCAGCCGGUAAGAUGCUGCUAGGACGUGACCACGACAGGAGCGGCCCCUACAUGAAGAGAAUAAAAGCGAAGCGCCGCUAGCCUCGGACGCACUAGAAGAGCCGCACUGGAUGACAAGCCGUGAUUUGUGAACAGUAUCAUUUGCUUGCAUGGAAAUUGUAUACAUUGAAAGACACUGAUUAUUUGCGUGUCGGCAAUUGCUUGCGACCAAUUUUUAUAUGUACGCCAA